GUGAUUGACAGGUGAGGGAAGGGGAUGUCACAAAGUGGCCAUAUAAAAGGUGAAUUUGAGGAAUCAGUGAUAUGAGGUUAUUUGGGGAGAUUUCCAAAACCACAAACAGUCACACGCUCUUCAGACGGGACGCUGAUAUCGACGAUGGCCGAUCACGAGCUGGUUCUGAAAUGUUGGGGCGCAGUGGAAGCCGACUUCACCGGACACGGAGGAGACGUUCUGACCCGCUUGUUUACGGAGCACCCGGAAACUCAAAAGCUGUUUCCGAAGUUCGUGGGCAUCGCGCCUGGUGAUUUGGCGGGAAAUCCAGCGGUAGCGGCUCACGGCGAGACCGUCCUGAAGAAGCUAGGCGAGCUGCUGAAGGCCAGAGGUGAUCACGCCGCGCUCCUCAAACCGAUGGCCAACACCCACGCCAACAAGCACAAGAUCGCCCUCAACAACUUCAGGCUGAUUACUGAAGUCAUAGUGAAGGUGAUGGCGGAGAAGGCGGGGCUUGACGCUGCCGGUCAGGCCGCUUUGAGGAGAGUGAUGGACAUCAUCAUCAGCGAUAUCGACGGAUACUACAAAGAAAUCGGAUUCGCUGGAUAAACGACACCAAACCCCCGACUAUCACAAACUCAGCAGGGUGUAGUUCAAGACACAGUGGGGGUCUAUCAUAGGAAAAUUCGCAAAUAGGAGUUACUGUGCUUAUAAACGCAAGAUAAUAACAUUAAACAUUAACAAUGCCUGCACAAAUUGUCCAGAGAAAACUAAUCAUCAUGUAUGACGUAUAAAACCGAAAUAAGUGUUUGGCUGUGAAUGAAUAGAGCCAGUCGUGUUCAGGCUUGGAAUGUUAUUUGAAGUUUGUUUAAACAGCGAGCGAGCCUGAUGAUGUCAUAAAGGUGGCUGGUGACGUCAUAAAGUUGGGUGAUGAUGUCAUAAAGGCCAUAAAGGUGGGUGGUGAUGUCAUAAAGGGGGGUGAUGAUGUCAUAAAGGUGACAGUGUGUUAGGGUCUCAGGAGGACCUCAUUUAAAUUGUGGAAACUGUCCAUUUUAAUUCCCUUUAAUUGAAUAAAUGAUAUGUAUUAAUGCAUGUUGAAUUAACUAGGUGUUCUUAAAUGGUCACAAAGAUUGAAAUCAUAAUACUUGGUGUUGUUUCGACGGGCCAUAGAACAUAACAUAUAUGUUUCUCUACCUGCAAAUAAUGUGCUUGCUUUAUUUCACUGUACUAGCAUGCAUUUUAAAUCAUAAUAGUCAAGUUAUUGACUUUUAAUAAAACAUUGCAUAUACCUGCUGGAAAAGAAA